AUGGGAACAGACAUCGACCUAGGCCACAUCGUGCGUUGGCGCAGCCGCGAUGUCCUAUCGUAUGGAGCUGUGUAGGCAAACCAUCACGACCACGACACAGCUCCGAAACGGGCUUUAUGCACCUAGAUCCCCAAUCGGUGGUCGUCUAAAUACCCUCAGGGCUCCUCGGCGUGUACUUAUGCCCUCGAAAACGCGAAGGGGUCGGGUUUCAGUCGUCAGUUUCAGGACUGAACAGAAGUCCAAAAGUGAACUAAAGGGCAAAUUUGAACAAGUGGGAUGGAGCUUGGAAGAGUUGCACCCCACAUUGGGCGCCCAAAUCACUGGAGUGUCAACCGAUCCGUCAUCUUUCUCUCCAGAGCAGAGGACUCUGCUGGCAGCUGCAUUGGCCACACAUGAGCUCCUCGUCUUCCCAGAUCAGGUCCUGACGCCCGCUCAGGAGUUUGCCUUCAUCACCAGCUUUCCCCAUGAUGAGCGCGCAGUGGCGCGGGCCCAGGACAGCCUGAAAGGGCAGAGCACUGACUCCCCUGUGCUCAGGAUCCCAGACUGCCCGUUGAUCACAGUUUGGCCGCACGGCAUAGCGCUGAACGAUUACUGGGGACUGUCAACCCCAGAACCGCUGUGGGAGGACCACCACGCUGCUUGGCGCCAGGAUUGGGGUGACAGGCCCGUCAGCAACAGCCUGUCAGCGCUGUACCAUGUGGAGAGCAAUGAUAAGAACCACACUUCCUUCACCAGCGCGACGGCCGCAUGGGACCGCCUCACGCCAGAAGAGCAGACAGCUGCCGCGAAGCUCAGGGCAGUGUACAGGCGCGACGCGUUCGCCGGCAGCGGGGUGAAUGACACGUGCGAGCACGGCGUCCUGCGCAUGCCGCACGAUGCGUGCAAGGGAGCGGUCGCGGCGGCUGACGCGCGUGGCACGUCCGGGACGGCCAUGCCGCUGUUCAACGAGGAUCCCCUGACCGGGGCACGAGCGCUCAACAGCCACCCCCUGCACUUCUACACCUUUGAGGGCAUGCAGAGGCCUGAGGCGGGAGAGCUAUUGAAGAGCUACAUUUUGCCUGUCAUCUCACCCGACAAGGUCUUGAAGGUGACAUGGAAGCGCGGAGAUCUGGCGAUCUGGAACAACAGGAGGGUGCUGCACACCGGCACCCCAAGCCGUGAGGCAGACAAAUCGGCCACUCGCCUGUUUCACAUGACCCUGCUGGACUGCGACACUCCCCUGCAGCCCAUCGAUCCUUGAACGCAUGCAUGUCACAAUACGAAGAUUCUAAAAAAUCCCACGGUGUUUUCUCCCAGCAGAAACUUUGUACCAAUUGUAUCGUUAGAGAGCCUUGAGGCCAGAAUUGCCAUGAGAACAUGUGUAUUAAGAUCUGGGCUGUGGGGGACUGUGUUGUAAAUGCCAUGUAUUGAAUUGUAUAUGACUGAGCUGUGUCACUUCAGCAUUGCAUGUUUGCUUGUAUGUAUAUUGGCAAAAGCGGGUUUGAUAAUGCAUGAGAAUUUAGCUUGUCACCAGAUGGCGCCAAGGUCUAGACUUGAGCAGCCCUGUGAAUAAACACUACUCUUUCACUUGUCAUCCUUGUAGUUGUAUCCUGGUAAGCAUUGUGAUUAGACAUGUACAUCUUUGUGGUCGCGCGCGAUGAGUCAGAUUUAUUGCCAAUGUGUCUAAAUCUUUCAAUGUGCCAUGCCCUUGCAAGCCUUGUACAACCGUUACGUGUAGCAGUCGUGUAACAGUUCAAGAUGUUG